AUGGACAUGCUUCACAUGUGCGACGUUCUCGUUGGCGUUUCUGCCUCCAUCCUCGUCUACGGCAUCCUCAUCGUGCACAUGCGGCCGGCUCGGCAGGGUGCUCGCGAGCCCACGGAUGAGUUGAUACGGCUUACGGCGGCGCGCUCGGGGCACGCAAGCGUCACGGACCGUCUCGUGGCGGCCGAAAUCGCCUCGGUGGCCCUCGCGGCCCCCGGUGGCCUCCGGCUCGGCGCCCGGACCUUCUCCAACACGACCGACAGCUGCCCCUACACCGUCGACGUUGACGACAGCUGCUACUUCAUCGCCAAGAGCCGCUUCGACAUUGAGCUCGACCGCUUCUCCAAGCUCAACGGCGGGGAGUUCGACAGCAGCUGCAACAUCUUCCCCGGCAAGGAGGUCCGCGUCCCCUGCGGCAAACAGUUUCCCAUUGACCAGGUCGACGUGUCGGGCGAGUGCCUGACCAAUCACAAGGUCAAGGCCGAAGAGAACAUCUACUCCAUCUCUCUCCACUACAGUAUUGCCGCGCACGUCCUGCUGGCCUACAACGGCCUCGACUGGCGGAGCCCCAUCAAGGUCGGGCAGGACCUCUGCGUCUCGAGGAAGAAGCCUACCGCCGUCUGCGCCAAGGAGCACCACGUCGUCGACGGGGAUAACUGCUACGCGCUCGCCACGGCCAACAACGUCAACUUGCUUGACCUCAAGGCCUGGAACCCGGAGCUGAUAAACGACCGCUGCGCCAUCCGCCCCGGCCACAAGCUCUGCGUCAAGGCCGACGAGCCCGUCACGACGUCGCCCGCUGCCUCCACUGUCCAGCCCGCGUCCUCGACCGUGGUUGGGACGGCCACCGCCGCUUCCCAGAGCACCUUCCAGACCUCGUUUGUCGCCCCCGACAGCAAGGUCGUGACGGUGACCAGGGUCGCCCCCAGCGGCGCCGUCGACGCCAACGCCAUCCCCAGCGUCAACCUCGCCGCCGAGGUCAAGGCCCAUAUCAAGCUGUACCUCCUGCCUUGCGUGGGCAACCUGACGGCGCCUCUGCCGGCCGGCGACGACGACAAGGUCAUGCUGCCGUCCGAGACCCAGAUCCGCUGGGCGGUCAAGGCUUUUGCCUCUGUCUCUGUCCCUGCCCUGAACGGUGACGCCCCUGCCACCGCUCAGGUUAGCGGCAGCGCCGCGCCCGGCUUCUCCGUGUCCGCCUCGGCCCCGGCCUCGAUCCUGGUCCGCCUUUUCACCGCCCUCAAAGUCGACAUCAAAUACAACGACUGCAAGGCCGACGCGUGCUCCGUCGUUGUCUCCUCGCCUAGCCAGGUGUCCGCCAGCCUUGCUGCCCAGGCCGUCGUGCCCUUGAAGGCGGCCGGUGCCGAGGGAGACAAGGCCGUUGCUUCGCAGGCCAACACUGCCGGCGCAAUCCCCGUCAAGGCCGAGGCCAGCAUCAAGACCGAGGCCAGCAUCAAGGCUGAUGUCAGCGUCGAGGCCGAGGAAAACUGGUGCUAA